CCCCUUCCGCAACUCGGGGCUGGGCCAUGGACGGGACUGGGCGGGAGUCCGGUGCAGCCGAGGCCGCGGGUUUUGAAGAUCUGAGCGACUCAGAGUUCCCCGAUUUUUCGGAGCUGGGAUGAGAAAACUGAGGCAACCAGAGUUAAGUGACUUGCCCAGGGUCACACAGCUAAGACAUCGAAGAACUUGGGAACCAGCCUGGCUCCUCUUUGGGAGACCCCAGAAAGCAAGUCAACUCACAGGGGCCAUAUAAACGGAAGCGAGAGGCAGAUGCCCCGACGCCAAUGGAGAGGUUCUACCUCAGGUGCCUGUGGGUCUCUGACCUGUCUACACAGAGCUGGUGUGAGCAGCAGAUGGUGUAUGGGAAAGAACUCCCAGGCUUCCAGUCAGCGGAGAAGGCUGCUGUGCUGGGUGCUGGAGCCAGCAUCCACCUUGCCAGAGAGUUAGAACUCCAUGACCUUGUGAACAUUCACACCUCCACUAAAGAAGAUGCCUGGGCAGUGAAGCUGCUGAACAUUCUCUCUAUGGUACCCAUCCUGCAGUCAGGUGGGACAAUUAGGGAGUUCCCAGUCUUUGGGGAAAUAGAAGGGGUGUUCCUGGUUGGAGUAAUUGAUGAGCUACACUACACUUCAAAAGGGGAACUGGAACUGGCUGAACUGAAGACCCGAAAGCGACCCAUGAUGCCACUGGAGGCUCAGAAGGAGAAGGAUCGUUUCCAGGUCAGCCUGUACAAAUGUAUUUUUGAUGCCAUGGUGAAGGGGCAGGUGACGUCUGCCAGCCUGGUUCACCAUAUGAAGCUUUCCCCAGAGCUGCUGCUGGGGUCCCAGGUACAGAAGCAUGCCCACCAGGGGGGCUUCACCGUGAAGUCCUUCGGAGACCUCCUGGAGCUGGCCAUUUUGUCCCUGACUUUGUCUGACCUUCCAGUCAUUGAUGCCCUGAAGAUCGAGUAUAGCCACCAGGAGACGGAUGCUGUGCUGGGCACAGAGAUGGUGGUCUUUGAGGAGAACCGGGUGAGGGAGAAGCUCCGCCACCACCUGGGGUACUGGACAGGACUCAGGGAGCCCCAGGGAGUGGAUGUGAAGGAGGCGUGGAAGUGCCGGAUGUGUGACUACGCCACCAUCUGUGAAUGGAGGAAGAGCGGCGGGAGGAGGGCGUCGACCCUGGAGCAGCCUGCCCAGAAGAUGAGUAGAUGAAGGAACCGAGCCACAGUCCGAGGGCCGGGAAGGCCCAGUGGAGCCGACUCCCCCGGGCCAAGAGGAGGCCUUGGCCAUCCCUGUCCAAGAGCCCCCAGAGAGGAGAGGGAUUGACUGGGGAGAAAUGGUGAGCCCGAUGCUGGGCACCGACAGCCCUGUCUGAUCUCUUGGGCUCUGGCCCCUUGUGGAUUCACGAUGUGGCUGUGGGGCUUAUGGGAAACAUAGACUCUCCCUUUUCCCAGGGGUGAGUGUGGAGGAAGGGUCUGGCUCCUCUACCAGGCUUGUGUUGCCCCCAUCCUGGAGUCAUCGUGGAAAGGGCUGCUCAGGCACUGCCCAAGUGACCUUGUGGGAUGGCAGGGGCGGAGGAGGCCACACAAAUUUGUUUUAUCCUUAAAGAAAAUUCUGCUUUCCUGUUCUUU